UCAGCAAAAUCAGCUUGAUCCAGAGCUCACACCGGAAGAAGUAGAGAAGCAGUGGAAGAAUCUCAAGGACACUUAUGUGAAGACUAGGAAGAAGCUUUCAUAUAAUAAUGAUAGUAUGCCGGUGACUCCGAAAUGGAAAUUCUACAGCUCGCUAAUGUUUUUGGACGAUCUAUUCAGUGUUCACAGAAAUAUUUCAAAGCGAAGAAUCGAUGAAGUGUCGGGAUCCUCCCAAGAUCUGCGUACGGAGCGUAGCUAUACAGAAGAAGAGGAUUCGAAAAGGAGUCGAUGCUCUGACCUCAGCACUUCACCUUCCCAAUUCCUUGCUCAAAGCUUCUUUAGACCUCAGAAUGCUAUUGUUCACGCCAAACGCAUUCCACCUCCGCCAUCAGAAGAUGCCGAAGAUGAAGACGAGUAUAUGGCAUUCUGUCGUUCGCUUUUACAUCCUUUGCGGGAGAUCGCAUACAAAGACCGUAUUCAGUAUCUGAAAGUCCAAAAAGCAAUUCGUGAUUUACUGCAUGAUGCACAAAUGGAUAUGCUUCUCACUCAUAUGCGAUAG